GUCGAAGACAUAGGCCAAAGGCAAAGCAAGGCCAGGAACUGGCACUGGCACAGUGGCCCCACUGUGCCAGGGACCGCUGCCUGCUGUCCUGCCGUAUGCAGCUCGCUUAGUUUAGAUGACAUAGGGAUGAUAUCGAGGCGGCAGUAGAUAGUUGCUGAAUUUUCGGCUUGGAUGUAGUCGCCGACCAUAAACCGACUAGGUUAGGUAACCUGGCUGGACACUAGUCGCUUAAUUUGAAGAAAUUGCGCUAUAGUAGCUUUGGUUUGCCGCUGCCGAGUGGCUUGCGACCAUCAUCGGUUGAUCCAUCGGCAAACGGCAACGACGAACAGCAAAAACGACCUGCCAUGUCCAGUGAUAGCGAAAACGAGCUACUCAAGGAGCCGAGGGAAUACGCCACUGAGCCAUUGAAAGCGCUGUCCCCGGCGCCUGCCGGACCCCUAUCAGCGAACAGCCAACAUUACAGGCCGCCUGGAUCUCCGCAUCUUACGAGUCACCACCAAAACAGUCAUGACGACGUGUGCAUCGAGUCAUGUUUCCUAAAAAUGGAAAGGCUUAUUGCGGAAAUGCAGCACCCUGAAUUGGGAAUUCCAGUUCGCUCGCAGAAGCUAUUCCUUACGUCAAUCCCAUGUGCGUUUGUGGGCUACGACGUCGUCGAGUGGAUAAUGGACAACCUGGACAUCGAUGACCAGUCGGGGCCCGUGGCACAAGAGGCGCUUCACCUAGCCAAUCUGCUUUGUCAACACGGAUAUUUUUUCCCCGUUGGCGAAAAUGCGAAAACCUACACGAUUAAAGACGAUUCUACGCUAUACAGGUUUCAAGCUCCAGAAUACUGGGCAUCUCGUAACAACCCAGAUAACACCGAGUAUGCACUGUAUUUGUUAAGAAGGACACUCAAGAAUAAGCCCAAGAACUCGCUCGAAGAUUAUGAAAUAGAAGCGCUUCAGCGGCUGAAAAAACUUCUCGCCAAUAAGUGGGACACAUUGUGUCAGCAAGCCGAGGAACAGAUCGCCCCGCCCUUUAUAAGCGACGGACGGGAACGGAUUAAAGGGCAAUCAAAGGAAAAAAAGAAAACAGAUAAGGUGAUCUCAUCAUCGCAGGAGCGGGCGUAUUGGCGUAUACAUCGGCCACCCCCGGGGACUAUCACUUGCUUGGAAAGGUGCCCCGUCCCCAGUCGGCGCAUCCGAAAAAAGAAAACAACGCCCGAGCAGCUCAAACGACAGAUAAAAAUAUUAAAGAGCACAAUAACGCGAAGUCGCGCCAAGAGCACAUUGUGGCAGCGCUCCGAGGACUAUCGGGAGUUCGAUGCGUUUCUUUGUCCUCCACUACCUUCAAAUCCAUGGGUCUCUGAUGAUCCAACGUUCUGGAUAAUCGAAAGCCAUACAACGGAUACCCUCACCGAAAGGCGUCUCCGCCGGUGGACACUCUCCUUGGAAGAGCUACUCUCAGAUCCUCGAGGCUUCCAGGAAUUCGAGACAUACCUGCGCAAAGAAUAUUCCUACGAAAACAUCCUUUUCUGGAAGGCCGUCCAGGAUCUCAAGCGAGGCUCAUAUGCAUGCAUUCCUCAGAGGGUUACGGAAAUCCAUAGUGAAUAUUUAUCAUCGGGUGCACCAUGUGAAGUUAAUUUGGACUCGGCUACAAUGGAAGUUACUUUGGAGGCCAUAAAGAAACCAUCGCGCUAUACGUUUGAUCACGCUCAGCAGCACGUGUUCACCCUGAUGCAGACCGAUAUCUAUCCGCGCUUUCUACGAAGCGAGCAUUUCCGAAGUCUCAUGGUUAAAGCGUCGCUGCUACAGAUUCAGAGUCAACGUAAGCGUUUCUUUAAUUUCGCAUCCGGUCGCAAGAAACCGCAGAUUUGUUCAGGAGCAGAUGCUAGACCUUCGACAUCUCAGGGCCAUCUGGCCAACGCAGGCCUGCUCUAUACGGGACAGAACAGCCGAGUCUGUGCUGCCAUAACUGAACAGACCCAACAGGCUCCCGCUAGACGACUCUCGGGGUUGCUUGCAGGAAGCACCUGCGACCUCCGGGAGUCUAUCAAGCGCCGCAACAGCAGCCGCCAGAAGCGUCUGGCUAGCAGCGGGUCCAAAACCGACCUUAUAUCAGAUGACGAUUCAAUUAGCGUCGCUAGCCAGUUUAGCGGAAGGCAUUCACUAAGCACAAGUGACCUUCAAACGCUCACCGCACCCUCAACGGCCUCAACCAGCGAAAUCUUUGCGGACUCGGACAAGGUUCUUAAGCACGAGGCCAAAGCUACAGCGUCGGCAGGCGCAGCAGGUCACAGUGGCUGCGUACUAGGCCAACGUGCCGCCACAGCCAGCACAAGCGAUGCCGACGUCGACUUAUGCGUUACUACUAUGUCGCCAACGGCGGAAGACAACGGCUUUCAAGGGGAACCCCCAUCGAGAAUCACCGAAGGCCUAACGCCCGAAGAGGCAAUGCUUCCACCACCAUCUGUUUCGCCAAAAGAAACCGACACCGAGGAUCCACCGCAGCAUCAACAGCAGCAACAACGAAAAUCAUCAUUGACAAAAAGAACGAUGUGAUUCUUCGUUGGAAAUGAUCUUGAAUGAAUACAGAAGAUUGCGACAUAUUUGGGAGUAGAGGAAACUGCACAUAAAGCAAAUCGAUAGUACCAACAUAAAAUUUUAUGCUGUACUAUACAAGUUGGUUAAUUCAUAACUACAUUAACCAGUAUCGACCAAAUAAAGCAUAAAAUUCCCGAAAAGAUAUCUGGAAGAGAAAGCAAGUAGUAUCACACAAUAACACAUUUCGAUUGCUCUUCAGUAUGCUUACAUCGCCUUUAAUUAUUGCGAGUUGAGUUAAUAUUUAACUGAAUGUUUGAUCUGUUGGCCUUUUUCUAAUCGAAAACGGCGACAAUUCUGAAACAAGACUGCAAAACAGAUCCAUUUCGGACCCCUUCAGUUGCUUCGAACGAAGAAGUUCAUCCCUGGUAAGGGAAAAGCUGUGUAAAAUAUAACGUGCAGCGUGGAAUAAAAAUGGCGAUUUGUUUGCAUAAUAAUCAUGUGACUCUUAGCAUGCGAAGCCAGAAAUCCGGACAGAACCGAUUCCAAGACGAUGCAAUA